AUGGAUAACAGUUACACAGAGUACCUGGCAAGAGCGCGGGGCAAUCCCGAUGGUCCUAUCACUGCUGGCAUGCUCUUAGCCCUCUACGGGGACUUCAGGAAGCUCGGGGACCAGGUGCUAGAUCUUAAAAAUGAGCAACAGCUCUCACGCGUGGAGAUCAUCGAUCUCCAGGGCCGGGUCAGCAAACUGGAAACCGACCCGAGCGGCAUCACGAUGGAUGCCCGCGGACUAAUUAGCAGUAAUAAGUUUUUCUAUUGGGACAGCGUCGUUAUCACGACGGACAAGAACAAGGAUGAGGGCAGCGUCCGGGCCUGCCUCGCCGAGCUGGGGCUGCAUGUGCUUGAUAUCGGCCUUCUCACUCGCACUGAGAGGCCAGAUCGCAGCACAAAGAGCUGGCUUAUUGAUAUCCGGUGGAAGGACCGGGUAAAAUUCUUUAAAGCCGCACCUGACCUGAAAAGGUUGGGUCUCCGGGUAGAUGACUCGCUCACCAAGGAAGGGCGGGCGGAAAGAUCCAGGUUGCGGCCCAUGUGGCAGGUGAUAAAAGCGAAGCAGUGGAUCCCCAUGUGGCGCAACGGGGCCGAACUGUUUUAUAAGAAGAGCCCGAACGGGAGCGCACCGGUGCCCUACCCAAGCCAGUACGGUGACGACGACAGCGACAGUGGAGAGGGUGGAGAGAUGGAUGCCGAGAACGAUGACGACGUAAAUAUGCCUUUCAGGGGCUGUGCCGGCGGAGUUGGCGCUACUGGUAGCGGUAGUGCCGCCGCCGGUGGCAGCAUGCCGCCACCACCACCACCGCCACCACCACCACCACCUCCCAAGCCGAUGGCACCGUCACCAGCCGCCCCACCACCGGCCCCACCGUCUUACAGAAAGCAGCUAGGGGUGAAGAAUCGUGAAGCACCCGUGGCUUCGCUGAGUGCCAUCAAAGCGAAAGGCGGCAAACACCCACGGACAGAACCAGUAUACGGGCUCACAUACUCAGCAUCACCUAGUAGGCUCGACCGGUACCACAACCAGGCGCCAGCACCCCGUGACCCGAGGCCCAGCUCUGCCGCCGGCCGCACCAUGGAUAUUGACGGCUUCAUUACCACCUCAGGGCGGAGGAGUUCCAAGGACCAGGAUCGAGACGGCCAUGGUGAGACCGGCCAGCAAGGUCUGGGGGUCGAUGAAGGGACAACUAGAAGCAGGGAGGGAUGUGCAGGGCCCAGCAGCAGAGCUGAUCACCGACCGUAUGACCAGGCUGGCAAGCCCACUAUUGCUAACCGGUUUGCAGGCCUACCCGCGGAAGUGGAUGACUAG